UUGGCACUUGCCAAGCUAGUACAACGCUGUCGUUGACCAGAAAUGUAGAGGUUUUAACACAGUAUCACUGAUUUAUCACUAAAGUCAUAUUUGACUUUUUUAAAUCAUGAUUGUGAAUUAUUUGCCGUGUGAAUAGAAUUAAAACAAAAACCUUUAUCGAAUUUUAAAAAGGGGACCUUCAAUACAUAUUCGGAUGAGAGCGUUCCAUGAAAUCAGAUAAACGAGGGAUCUCUAAUCAUUCCAUGUCCUCAUCUUCCAUUAGUACAGGAAGAAUAACAUUUGAGAAUUUUGGAGGGAGUGUGCAUUUCUUACCAUCCAGAAAUUGGUUCCCCUACCAGCCGAAUAGGAAGAUGUCAACAAACGGUGAUGGACCUAACUCUCCUAGCUACCUGUCUUGGAGAAAACUUCAACUGAGUAGGGCCAAGCUAAAGGCCUCGAGUAAAACCUCCGCCCUCCUCUCUGGGUUCGCAAUGGUGGCUAUGGUGGAGGUUCAGCUAAAUCCAGAUUCGAAAGUGCCAAAAGAGAUGUACGUUGUGUUUGCCAUUUGUACCACUUUGUUGGUAGCAGUCCAUAUGCUCGCUUUAAUGAUAAGUACUUGCAUUUUACCUAACAUUGAAGCGGUUUGCAAUCUGCAUGCCAUCAACUUGGUACAUGAGUCGCCGCACGAACGUCUCCACUGGUACAUCGAAACGGCCUGGGCCUUCUCGACCCUUUUGGGACUCUUGCUCUUCCUCUGCGAAAUCGCUAUACUCUGCUAUGUAAAAUUCUACGAUUUUUCGGCAUAUGCUGCAUGGUCGGCGGCGAUAAUCGUCAUACCGGUCUUUAUUAUUUUUGUCGCAUUCGCCGUCCACUUUUACCGGUCGCUCGUCUCGCACAAGUACGAAGUGACCGUCUCGGGGAUCAGGGAGCUGGAGUUGCUGAAGGAACAGAUCGAAGCGACGGAUUUUGAGGGACGGGGGAAUGGCGUGAAUCUUUUAAACUCAGGCGCGCACAUCGUAUAAUUAGGAUUGAAUCUGUAACAUUAUUUUUAACUGUGAGUAUACUAGUCUGUAACCAUUAGAAAACUGGGAAAGUUAUUCGUUUAUCUUUAUUUUGUUGGUCUUUUUUCUGUGAUGAUUGUCAGAAAAUAUUGUAUAAGACAUUAAAUAUGUCAUGCUAAUUAAAAUUAUAAAAAACAAAGGUGCUGUAAAGUUAGAAAAUAGCAUGAUAUUAAUUUUUUUUCGUUAAAAAAAAACUACCUGUUUACCAUAUUGAAUUACUUAACUUGCAGAGGUAAAUAAUAAAUGCUGCCUUACAAGUAAAUUAUUGAAUAAAUUUUAACAGAAAAAUCACAUGUAAAUAUCUACAUUUUAUACUGUAUUUUGAAUAUCGAAAAUCAAUAUAUUUUUAAAUGACAAUAAAGUAGGUUUUAAAAAUUACUAAGUAUGUGAUACCUGUCAAUUUGUAGUGUAUUUAUAAACAUUUAUAAUUAUUUAUUACUAUUUAGAAAUAUCGUGCUUGAAUUUUUAUAGGAGUAUUAUUUUUAUUGUAUCACAAAUAAAUUUAUUAUAAUUUAAUUUCAUUUUUUAAAAUAAGUUUCAACCAUUAUUGUACUUAUCUUGUACUGCGACAGAUGGUAAAGCGUUGUCGUAAAUCUGUCCGAAAUGUUAUUUAAUUCUUCAUAUAUUAAUUAAUUUGUAAUAAAAUGCAAAUAGACGAACAGAUAGUUUAAACAAAUUUUAAGCCAAUAAAAUGAACAAAUCAUCACCAGAGCCGGAUUAUCACUAAACAUAAAUGUCUUGUAUAGACAAUUAAUAAAAGGCUUUUAUGUAAUGUAUAAGAGAAAAGUUAUAAACCAAAUUAUUUUAUGUAAAACUAACUAAAAAAACUAAUAGUUAUGUGCAUUUUAUUUAUAAUGUGACCAAUUUACUUAUAUAAGUACUUAAUACUCUUUUUAUUAAGUUUAUACCCUUUUUUGAGUAUUUGUUCUCUUUAACAAGGUAAUAGUUUUGAUUGUUAAUUGAAUUAAUAGCAUAGUACAUCUAUAUUAUUAAUAAUUUCAUUGUACUUUUUUUUUAAAUCAAGAUGUUACCGACUGGGAGCGUUCUAAAAAGACAGCUUUUGAGGCCUUUUAUUCAUUUUUUUAAAGAAAAAUUUAAAUAAUAAAGGGAGUGCUGGAAAGAUGAAUCUCUUUGGACUCGUUUCCCUUCAUUUAUUCACACAGUGUGAAAUAAAGGCGAAUAAUAAAUAUUUAAAAGACUGAAA